AUGAACCCGCGAGCGCAGACACAGAGACAGAUGCAGAUGCAGAUCCCGUUCGACUUCAGCCUGCCCCCGCGGCCCACGCCUACGGACGGCGUCAUGACCGAGACGUCGGACACGCAGGCGGAGAUGGAGAGCGUGUUGCAGCGGUAUCUGCCCGUCGGGGGCGGGGUGUUGCAUACGGCGCCUCAUGCACAUGGGCACGGAGCGGGGAGGGGAAACUUGAAUGGGAACGGCAGCGCUGGAGCAGGAGCAGGAGGAAGUGGCGGUGGAGGAGGCGGUGGAGGGGGACCAGGCGGCUCGGCGGGGGUAGGUGGGGCGGGCGGCGCGCCCGCGCUGCAGCGCAACGCGCACCUGCAGUUCCUGGUGCGCAACCUCACGCAGGGCUUCCCCGAGCGGUAUGUGUCGCAGGACGCGAGCCAGCCGUGGCUGCUGUUUUGGACGCUGCAGAGUUUUAGCGUGGCAAGGGUGGGGCUGGAUCCGGGGAAUAAGCAGCGGGCGAUCGACACUAUUCUCGCGUGGCAGCACCCCGAUGGCGGGUUCGGCGGCGGCCCAGGACAGGCAGCGCAUCUUCUCCCGACGUAUGCGGCCGUCUGCGCGCUCGCGAUCGUCGGUCGGCCAGGACCCGGAGGCGGAUGGGACCAAAUUGACCGGGAGAAGAUGUACGCGUUCUUCAUGUCGCUCAAGCAGCCCGACGGCUCCUUCACCGUCUCGCACCACGCCGAGGUCGACGUGCGCGGGACGUACUGCCUGCUCGUCGUCGCGCACCUGCUCGACCUGCUCACUCCCGCCCUUGUCCGCGGUACGGCCGCGUUCGUCGCGAGCUGCCAGACAUACGAGGGCGGGUUCGCGUCCGCGUCGCAGCCGUACUUUGCUGCGUCGACUUCGGGUGACGGGGAGCCGGUAUUGCUGGAGGAGCCACGGCCGGCGCUGGGCGAGGCGCACGGCGGGUACACGUUCUGCGCGCUCGCGUCGUGGGUGAUGUUGCGGCGCUUCUUGCCGCCAGAGGAGCCGUCGUCGUCAUCCCCAGUUCCACCAUUAUCUGCAUCAUCAGCACCAGAGAGACGCCCGCAGAUAAACUACAAGUCGCUCACGCGCUGGCUCGCGCAGCUGCAGGGCGGCGAGGCCGAGCUCGGCGGCUUCAGGGGGCGCACGAACAAGCUCGUCGACGGGUGCUAUUCGUGGUGGGUCGGCGGGUGCUUUGCGCUGCUCGAGGCGCUUGGCGUCGGCGGCGGUGCCGCCCCAGCGUCAGCGUCUUCCCAUGUGCACGCAUUCCACCUGCAUUCUGGGGGAGGAGGGGAUGAAGAGGGGGACGAGGAAGAUGGGUGGAAGGACGUUGAUGACUCGUUGUGGAACCGCGCCGCGCUGCAGACCUACCUCCUCUGCGCGGGCCAGCAUCCCGCUGGCGGGCUACGUGAUAAACCACCAAAACCGGCAGACGCAUACCACACACACUACUGCCUCUCCGGCCUCUCGUCCGCGCAGCAUCACGUCGCGCCCGACGCGGCGCGCCGCGAGGAGGUGUUGGCUGUGUGGCAGGGUGAGGCUGAGGAGGUGCUCCGACGCGAGCUGUACGCCGACACGCUCGCGUGGGCCGAGGAGGAAGGGACGGCGAUGGUGCUCGGCGGGUCGGUGAACGGUGUUAACGCGACGCAUCCUGUCUUUAACCUCACGAUGACGCAUACGGAGGGCAUCAUGGGGCACUUUUACAAGCAGGUGAUUCCGCGGCGGAUGUAA